GGGUUACAUCCUUUCCCUGGCAUGUGGGAGCCGAAGCUCCGAUGACGUCACUGAGAGAGCGACGCUGGGCAGGCCAGUGACCUCAUCGCGACCGCCUGGAUGCGUGCAGGAUUUGCGCGGGCAGUGAGCUGCUUACAAGCUAACAUCUAGCGUGGGCUUCUUGGAACCCCCUCGUUACCGUCCGCAAUGCCCAGCGGGGCCCCAGGAGCCACGGCCGUCGCCAUGCAGGAGGCUGUAGAGGCAGCCGGGAAGAUUAUCGACCGCCAGGUCCUGGAAGACCGAGCCUACCCGGACCUGUCCGAGCUGCUCAAUGUCCCCGCUCACAGUAAGCAGGGGUGGGGGCAGGGGCUACUGCCAACAAGCCUUUAAACUUUAUACCAAGGGUAGGCAACUUUCCGCACUCCAGAUACUGUGGACUACAUCUCCCAUGAUGCUUUGCCAGCACUAUGGCUUUAAGAGCAUUAUGGGAGAUGUAGUCCAUGACACUUGGAGUACAGAAAGUUGCCUACCCCUGCUGUAGACGUUUAGCUCCUUCCCUGUGGUAUGGUGUAUACGGGACAUACUAAAAGGAAUAAUGAGGGUGAAAGGUAUAAGGGAAUGUCCCAAAAUUAAAAAAUAUAAAAUAAACAUUGAUGAGGAUUGAAAACCACAAAACUGAAAUACAUCUAUAAUGAUUGUGGGAAUUCAUUAAUUACAAUGACAGGAUCUGACAGUCAGAUUAACAAUUAUUAUUCACUAAAGGGAGACUUCAAAGUGAAUUUAAGGCAAAGGUGCUGAAAUGGAAGCAUAUCUGAGUUAGAGAAUUUUUCCAAUUAGGCUAGUUGGACCUUACAUUUUAAGUUUUCUCUGAAUUCUUACUUUAGUAAAUACAGUAAUCAUGUAAGUGUGAUUGUUGUGUCAUUCUAUAGAAUGACAGAAGAGAAUGCACAUAGACGUUAAUGAGAGAAAAAAAUGAAAACACAAAUAGAAUCACAUACAUACUUACUGUGGAUGUUUUUCUAAAGGGACACUAUAGUCACCAGAACAACUUUAGCAUAAUAAAGUAGUUUUGGUGUAUAGAUCACGCAUCUGCAGUCUCAUUGCUCAAUUCACAGCCAUUUAGGAGUUAAAUUACUUUGUUUAUACAACCCUCGUCACACCUCCCUGCCUGUGAUUUGCACAGCCUUCCUAAACACUUCCUGUAAAGAUAGAUCUAAUGUUUUAAACUCCAUUUAUGACAGUCUGUUUAAUUUAUAAUUUAUCUCCUCCUCUGUUAAUAGCAUUCUAGGCUCCAAAAGGAGCCUCUUGUGUGUGAUUAAAGUUCAAUUUACAGAGCAGGAGAUGAAAGCUUCUCCAGAUAGUUAUUGUCUGGUUGAAAGUGAAACAAUGUAUUUUCAUCUAGGCUGUGAUAGUCCCAACCGGGGGAGGUGUGGCUAGGGCUGCAUCAACAGUUUUAACUACUAAAUGGCAGAUAUAACUAAUCAGUGAGAGUGUUGGGGCAUGAUCUAUACACUGAUUCAUAAAGCUAAAGUUGUUUUGAUGCCUAUAGUGCCCCUUUAACUAUAGCAACAGGAUCUGAGGAUCCAAUUAAGUGAAAUUGUUGCUGCAUUCUAUGGAAUGACAAGGGUGAAGAACAGAAUACCCAUAGGCAUUAAUAAACCUCCUUACCACCAUUGCUAGCUGUAGUGGUGGUUAUAGUGCUUGAAGUGUUCUUCUAGCAUUAUUAUUAUUUAUAUAGCGCCAGUAAAUUCCAUAGCGCUGUACAAUGGGAUGUAAGCUCAUUGAGCAGGGCUAUAAACACUUAUGUGUCUGUUAGUCCACCCAUUGUACAGCGCUACGGAAUUUGUUGGCGCUAUAAAAAUAAUAAAAUAAUGUCAAGUUGUUAAGGAUAUUUUGUAACUUAGAAAAAGUAUGGAGACAGUCUACGAAAUUAAUAAAAGUAAUGGAACAUUUUAGCUUUAAGGAAAGGUUAACAAAUUUAAACCUCUUUAGUUUGGCAAAAGCAGCCAUAAAUCCGUGGCCAAUACAAACUAUUGUGUGGAAAUCUAUUCAUAAACAGGGCUAUACAUAGGACACAAGGUCAUACAUUUAGACUGGAAGAAAGGAGAUUUCGUCUAAGGCAAAGGAAAGGUUUUUUUUACUGUAAGAACAAUAAGGAGGUGGAAUUCUCUGAAGAAGUGAUUUUACAGAUGUUUAAACAGCAACUAGAUUCAUGCUUGCAAAAAUGUAAUAUUCAAUCAUAUACUUUUUCAACUGUAGGGUAGUAACUUCUAUUUAUCCAUGGAUAAAUCUGACUGCCAUUCUGGAGUCAAGAAUAUUUUUUUUUAUCCUGGUUUGUUGCAAAAUUGAAAAAUUCUUCCAAUUGUUUGUUUUCUUUUGGCCUUCUUUUGCACCAACAGCAUGUGUCUCUUUUCAGCCUAUGUAAGUUGGUUGUGUUGUUCAAUUGAAUGCAGCAAUAAACUCACUUAGUCAGUCACUGUAGUUAGGGAAUACCCACUGUAAUUAUUUGUGAUUUAUUUAUUUUUUCUCUCACCAGCAGGUUUAUUAAUUUUCCCAUUAACGUCUAUGGACAUUCAGUUGUGUUAUUUACCCUUGUCAUUCCACAGACUGCAACAAUAGUCUAAUCUGAGUCUUCAAAUUGGUCACUGCAGUUGGGGAAUGCCCAGGGUGAUUAUUUAUGUCAUCUGUUUUGUGGUGCUUAAUCCACAGUACUUUUAUUCUGUUUCCAUUUAAUGUCUAUAGGGAAUCUGUGCUGCAAUUCCAUAAAAUACCACAAUAUUCUGGCUUAAUCUGAAUCUAAUACCUAUAGUAAUUAUUUACUUAGUCUAUGUUUUAAGCAGUUUUAGCUUUGUUUUAAAUCUAUAAUUUGAUCUUCAAGGGUUACCCAAAGGAACAUAGCUAGAUUGACUAGAUCUUCAUCAGUUAUACUUGCAGUUAGGUUGUUUUGGCCUUGCAUUUCAAAUCAACUUUCAAAUUCUGAUCAUUUUCACUUAAGCUAAUGGGUUACUCCAACCCAAAAAUGUUUUUUGCAGGGGUUAGAAAUUUUUGAUAAUCUACUUUUCCAUGGGACUUAAGUCCGGCUUCGCCUGGGAUUUGUGAGCCCGUUCAGCCUCUGAGGUAAACGGCUGCCUGAGAUUGGAGGUGGGCAGUCGGCUCACAGUGGGUUGAGGCAGGUGAGUGGGCGGCUGACUGAGUGCGGCGGCAUGGGAGCUGUAAUCCCCCUGCUCUGCCCCGUUGCACGCCCUCCAAUAUGACAUCACUCCAGCCCCCACAUCAUUAUACAUCGUUCAAGGGAGCAGAGCAGGGAGAUGACAGGAGCCCCAGUUGACCCCAGGAAAAGCUGAUCUUCUCCAGCACUCCAAAAUGUAGAGGCUGGGUGGAUUUAAAUUUAAAUAAAAAAGUAAUAAUUUGUGAGUGUUGCAGUAUUAGUGUGUGUAUGUUUAGGAGAUGACCUGCCCCCCUCCAGUCACAUGGGAAAGGUAUUUUUACUCACCUUUUUCCCCCCCAUGCAAUGCUGGUGACGCCUGCAGCUGGCCCCAUAGAGAUGCAUUGAAUCAAUACAUUCCUAUGGGGAGUAUUAACGUAGGCAACACUGACCCAGGAAGCCCCUCUAGAGGCUGUCUGAGUUUCUCACUAGAGGUGUUACCAGGUAGCAGUGUAAACACUGCCCUUUGUCUGAUAAGUCAGUGUUUACAUUGAAAAGCAUGCAAGAAUAGGAUAUAGUUUUCAGAACAACUACAUUAAGCUGCAGUGGUUCUGGUUACUAUAGUGUCCCUUGUAAGAAUUGUAAUUUUGACGUGACUACUAACUUUUUUAGCCGGCUCCUAGAUUCCAAGCAAAUUUGUCAAGCCCUGACUUAAAGGGACACUAUAGUCACUAGAACUACAGCUUAUUGAGUUUGUUCUGGUGACUAGAAUCAUUACCUUCAGGCUUUUUGCUGUAAACUCGUUUUUUUCAGAGAAAAUGCAGUGUUUGCAUUACAGCCUAGUGAUAACUUCACUGGCCACUCCUCAGAUGGCUGUUAGAGAUCCUUCCUGGGUCAUGGCUGCCUAAAAUGCAUCCAAACAUUCAGUAUCUCCUCCCUCUGCAUGCAGACACUGAACUUUCCUCAUAUAGAUUAAUUGAUUCAAUCCAUCUCUGAGGAGAUGCUGACUGGCCAGGGUUGUGUUUGAAUUGUGCUGGCUCUGCCCCUGAUCUGCCUCCUUGUCAGUGUCAGCCAAUCCUAUGGGGAAGCAUUGGGAUUGGAUCAGGCCACCACUUCUGAUGAGGUCAGAGGAAGUUCACAGGCAGAGUCAGCAGCUUCAGACUUGAAUACAAGUAAGAUUUUACUAUAUUUAGGGAGGCCAAGGGGGUUAGAUAAUGGUUUUAACAUUAUAGGGUCAGGAAUACAUGUUUGUGUUCCUGACCCUAUAGUGCUCAUUUAAGUGUUAUCCUAAUUUAUUUGUCCGUUAUGACAAUCUAGUUGUCCUGACAGAAAUGUAUUAAAAUUAGUGAGGCCCCUUCUUAGAGCUCUCGAUAUUAUUAACAGGGCUAUUUGCUAAACUCUUUAUUUUCACACAUUAAAUCUGAUUCAAGGAAAACAAAUUAAAUUUUCACAAAUAAUAUACCAGAGUUGGGGAUUUAGAGAUUGGUGAAUUGUCUGGAGAGUCUGGCGGUGUGUAUAUGCUGUUUGUGUGUAGUGUGUGUGUGGUGUAAAUAUCAAUGUUUGCUUAUAGCACCUUGUUGCAAGAUUAUAUAUUUAAAAUACUGUGGCUUUAUAGAAGCAAUUUUAUACUCUGUGUGAGUCAGGACCAGAAGUAUGGCUGGGCUCACAAUAGACAGUUUAAACAGAAGCAGGCAUGUCACUUUUUGGGAUCUUUGCAAAGACCCUAAAAGACAAUCCUGCUUAGAGAGAGAUGAUGGGAAGACCUAGGAAGAAGUUUCAGUGCAAGUGCUGCAUUAAGACAAAUUGGUAAAUCUGACCGCAUAGCACAUUACAAAAUUAGUGCAUGGAGGAGGUCUUGGACCAAAUGUUAUGGUGGAGGGGAGGGAAUCGCUAUGACAAAAACAAACCAAUUCUACUGUACACUUACAUGUUUCUGUAGUGCAUUAGUGUCAGGGAAGUGUGCAGCCAACCUAUCUGAUGUUAUUGCAGAGCUCACAAAAUGCCCAUGCUCAAGAAGCUUUGUCCUUCUGGGGUGAUCUGCACACAACUCCAGGACCUUUCAGGCCAGUGUGACUUCACUUCCCUCUCCAGGGUUCUCAUGCCCGCUGUGUCUUCCUGCUGCCUGUGAUUUCCCUGACUUCAGCCACAGGAAAGCAGGCCACACAGCCAGGAUGUAGCCGAUCUGCACUACGACAUAUGUGCAUCUUUCAGGGUGUGAGCCCUGUAGCGGGGCUGAGGGAUUUUUUUAAUUUUUUUUUUUUUCGGCGUUGCCUUUGCCUCCGCCCCUACUUAACGCCAGAUGCGACUAAGGUUUUGGUCCUUUCCACUGUCCUUUCUCGCCUUGACUACUGUAAUCCGCUUUUCAGUGGUCUUACGAGCUCCCAACUUGCGCCGUUAUAGUCCAUAAUGAAUGCGGCGGCGAGGCUCAUCUUCCUGUCCGCCCGCACCUCCCAUGCCUGACCUUUCUGUCAGUCCCUACAUUGGCUUCCUAUAAAAUAUAGAGCUCAGUUUAAAAUUCUGGUUCUUGCUUUCAAAUAUCUACAUAAUGCUGCUCCCACCUAUCUAUCCUCCCUUAUACACAAAUAUGUCCCGUCUAGGCCCUUACGAUCUGCUGAAGACUUACGUUUAUCUUCUGUCCGUACUCCCACCUCUGAUGCUCGCCUUCAAGAUUUCUCAAGGGCUGCACCGUUCCUGUGGAACUCGCUUCCCUCCUCCGUUAGAUGCUCACCAAGUCUCCACUCCUUCAAAAAAUCGUUAAAAACCCACUUCUUCAUAAAAGCAUAUCAAUUAAACUGUUAAUAGCUCCUGACUGGUUCCUCUUCUGCAACUGUCACUAGUCUAAUACUAUCCUUACCUUUUUGUGUCAUUUUACCCCACUCCCUCUAGCAUGUAAGCUCAUUGAGCAGGGCCCUCAACCCCUCUGUUCCUGUGUGUCCAACUUGUCUGGUUACAACUACAUGUCUGUCCAUCCACCCAUUGUAAAGCGCUGCGGAAUUUGACGGCGCUCUAUAAAUAUCAUAAUAAUAAUUCACACAUCUAUACACACAGCCAAAUAGGGAUCUAUCUACUAAACACAUGUGCAUAUACAUAUGCACAUAAGCACAGAUAGUGUAUGUCUGUGUGUAUAGAUGUGUGACUAACGCAAUCAUAGACCCGCACACACAACCACAUACAUAAUCACAGAAUUAUACACACAAUUAGUAAUUAAGAGAUUCAUCUAGCCUCCCUGCUUUGCCUUAGGAGGGCUAGAGUGGAACCUUUUUCUGGUGGCCAGUUGCUGCUGUGAUGAGAUCGCUAUUAUCUUUCUGCCCUCGCUUGCCCAGUAGUGAUGCUGAUGUCGGGGUGACAUCAUAUCCCAGCAGCCAGCUCACUGCAGUAGGCGCGAGGGAGCUGUGCAGAAAGAGCAAUGUAAGCAAUGAGUGUCUCACAGCCCAGCAGAAGAAGAAAAAAUAAACGGGGGGGUGCGGGGAGUGUUUUUAUGUUAUUAAAAUUUAUAGACAUUUUCUUUUUCUCAGAUUAAACAAUUUUUUUUAGCAGUUUAAGGUACGUGGCCACCCACACCUUAGCUGCCACUCUAGAUCUAGCUAAGGCAGAGACUAAAUAGUUCGUACUAGCCAUACCAAUUCAUAUAAAUGCCAAAAAUAAUUAUACCGGCAAUGUGCACUUUGAUAGGUUAAUAUGUGGGCACCUGACACUCUUAGCCAAUCACAGCCAACACUGAAUUUUAAUGGCCAGGUGACUCAAGAUACUGUAUCCCCUUCAAUGUGAUGAAGCAGUUACAGUGUCCCUUUGAUAACUCUGAAAGUGUCACUCUAAGCGCCAUAAUCCGUGCAGCUCCUUGUCGUAUGGGCAACAAGUCUGGUCACCAUCUCCAUCGUGUGUGUCAGCAUGUGUGUGUGCACGUCUGUUAAUCUGUGUGUGCGUGUGUGUGUCUGUCAGUCAAAAUGUGUGUAAGUUAACAGGAAGGUGUGGGUACAUUUAAAUUAGGGGCUUCCAGAGAUCUGUCAUGCCUAGGGCAGCACCAUUUCAAAAUACACCACUGGACAUGGUGCACAUUUUAUAAAUGCCUACCUCUAUAUUAGCCCAUGCACUCUGUGAUCUGAAUACUCAUGUAUUAUUGAUCUUUGUGUUUUUCAGAUAGUCCUACUAUAUCUGGUGUUUCUGAAAUGGAUUACCCUCUGCAAGGACCUGGCCAGUUGACUGUUCCCAAUCUUCCAGAGCUUAGUAUGAUGCACAGAGUGCCACUUCCUCCAGAACUGGUCGAGCAGUUUGGGCGUAUCCUAAAAUGUGUAUAUUUGCAAUGCUGAAAGUCAAUUUUAACUGGAUCUUUAAAUAACUCAAAAUCUAAUGAUUUGCACUACUGGACAUUCCUAAAAUCUACUAACCACUGCAAGUCUCAAGAGUACAUGGGACCCUCAUAAGGUGGAAUUUUCUUCUCAGAAGAAAUUCUUCAGUCAUAUGCACUUUUGGUCAGACAGUGUUUGAAAACUGAAAGUUAUUCUCUUUGGUUUUUAAACACUAUCUGGUCCAAGAAAACGUUGUCUGAAAACAGCCAAGGUACACAGUGAAAGGGGGAUAACCCCUAGUGAAAAUGGAUACAAAACAAAGGAAGAAAGGAGGGGGGGAGAAAGAGAGGUACAGAUGCCAGUUACAAUGAGUAAAAAGAUAAAGAAAUACUGGUAAUAGCUGAAAUAGAAUAGGGCAGCCUAAGUAGCAUGUUAGAAGGCUGCCACAUACAAUAUAUGUCGCAGUGUGUCGGCGAAUGAGGGUUCUCAACAGUAUCAGCCGAUAUGAUAAAAGAUAUGUAUAUUAAAGGACCACUCUAGGCACCCAGACCACUUCAGCUUAAUGAAGUGGUCUGGGUGCCAGGUCCUUCUAGGGUUAACCCAUUUUUUCAUAAUUAUAGCAGUUUCAGAGAAACUGCUAUAAUUAUGAAUGAGUUAAGCCUUCCCCCUAAUCCUCUAGUGGCUGUCUCAUUGACAGCCACUAUGGGCGCUUGCGCGUUUCCCUACCGUGAUUUCACAGUGAGAAAGCGCUAGUGUUCAUAGGUGGUGCUACUGUAAAUGCUUCUGAGUGAGAUCGGGCUGGACGCGGGCUGGCAAGCAGGCUCUUGCCGCCAGCUGCAAGCGCAUUCAGCCGGGCGUAAGUAACGGAGGCGAGAGGAGUGAGUGAGAGCUCUCCGGCCAGCUGAAAAAAGGUAAGUUUUUACUCCCUUUCCCUCCAGAGCCGGCGGGGACCCUGAGGGUGGGGGCACCCUCAGGGCACUAUAGUGCCAGGAAAACGAGUAUGUUUUCCUGGCACUAUAGUGGUCCUUUAAAGUAAUCAAAGGUGUCAGCCUGAAACUGUAACAGAGGUAUAACAAAAUGUAUCUAAAUGUAUCGGUAGAUGAGAAUUCUCAACCGUAUCGGUGGAUGUUUUGAAGGUAUGUAUCUUUAAAUAGUACGGGUGCAGCGGUAUAUUACUAUAUUUUUGUGUUUCAUUCUUAUUAUAAUCAGAGUCUAGCUCAUAUAUACACUAAGAUCUCUGUGUUAUUUCUAUUUUUUUGUUAUUUUUUAAUUAAUUAUUACCAAUAAACUUGUUUUUUAUUUUUUGGACCCUGUGGUCCUUUUUAUUUUUAUUUUUUUUAAUUCUUUAUUUUGUCACAGUCAACAAGAUAUAUAUAUAUAUAUAUAUAUAUAUAUAUAUAUAUAUAUAUAUAUAUAUAUAUAUAUAUAUAUAUAUAUAUAUAUAUAUAUAUAUAUAUAUAGCGAGUAAUACAUUCAAUGAAGCAUAUCACUGUUUUUAAUCUUCUGCAUAGAUUGGUGGGAUAGCGGUGUUGGCUGUGGUAUUUUGUUUUAUGGUAAUGUAGCUUGUUACUGCCAUGGUCAUGUCUUUAGCGAUGGUUGUGGUUAGUGUAGGUGUCUGGGACAUGUAUGGCUCUGUGGUUUCAGAAAGUGAGAGAAAAUGCGAUAUCUUUCUAUGGCGGGUUGUGUGCUGAGUGGGCACAGCUCCACUUGGUAGAGUAAGUGUAAGUGGUUCCUAGCACGGAGCUGGGGGGGGUAAGGUGUUCGUGAAGGAGCUAGUGUUUCUGAGUUUCGGCUUGUUUAGGUCUGGGAGGUGGCGGAGAUGGGUGUGGCCUGCUGUUAGUGCAUGGUGUGGUAUGUUGCGCGGUGUAUAUAACACAAACAGAAAACAGAAAGGGUACAAUACCCACAGUAUAACUUAUGCUGCGUCUACAGUUUCUCAGCGUGAGGCAGGCCCUAUGAGGCGCCUGUGCCUCAUAUUACGAGAGAAAAAACGAUAACGGUAAAAACAAAGAAUCCCAAGAGGAUACGUAACCAUAUAUAAAAGCAGCUAUAUAAAUGAAAAGAUGUAAUGUCCAGAGUCACGUAGUUGCACGGCUGGGUAAGUUCCGAUUUGCCGGGAUGAACGGGACAGAGUUGGCCGGGUCCCAUGUUGUCGGUGCUGGCGUUGCUGCGUGGUUCAGGCCCAGAUUGGUCAGGGUUGCCUCUAUCUGCGAUGCCUCCGCUACCUUGAUCUCCGUGUUUUGGUGCUGGAUAAUGAGCAUGUGUGUUGGGCCCCAUCGGUACUUGAUUCCGUUCGUUGAUAGUAUGGAUGUGAGGGGUCGUAGCGUCUUCCGCCACUGAAGUGUCGGUCGAGAGAGAUCUGAGUAGAAGGUAAUGUCCAUAUCCUCAAAGCGGAAUGGGGGUUUCCCCCUCAAUGCUUUCAAGAUGGCUGCCUUAUCUUGGCCGUUUUGGAAUUUGACCAGUAGGUCGCUGGUGUUGGAGGCCGCAGCUGCAUCCCCUCUAGUGUGAUACCUUUUGCUUGUUUGGGUGACAACAGUGCUGUGAAGAGCCUACGCAGGCAGUGGGGCAGUUCUGCUUGUGUGAUAGUGUCCAUGAGGCCCCUGAUCUUUAGGUGUUUCCACCUUCUCUUGUCCUCCAUUGCUGCUAAUUGGUGGCUCAGAGUGGUGUGAGCUGCAGUGAGAGUGGCAAUCUGAUUCUGCAGCCCUUGGAUAUGGGCUGCAUGUGUUGUGGUUGUCUGCUCAAUUAUAUUUAGGCGCCCGUUAAACCCCCUGAGGUCUUCUCUCACCUGGGAGAUUUCUGAGGAGAGGCUGUGGCGGAGAUCCGCCAGGAGGCCGGUAAGUAUCCCUGUGGUGAGAGGUUCUGACCCUUUGGCUGCUGGCUGGGCAGAUGUUGUAGGGUUAAUUCCCCGCUCUUCUGUAUCGUGGAGGGAGUAGUCAGCCGAGUCGUCUGAGAAAUCUCCCAUGUCCGCCGCCAUGUCAGUCCUCCCCGCGCCAUGCGGUCCCCUCAGGAGGUCGCCAAUAUCGGCACAGAAUCUCGGUCGAUCCGGACGGGGCUUCUUGGUUUUUCUCCCCAUCGUAAGGAGAGUUGUCUGGGGCUGGUUGGGGGGUGUUGUACCCCUAUGUUCAGCAUGAUUAGGGCGUUUUUCGUGCCCGUUUGUCGGAGCUCAAGCAGAGAGCGACCGUUGCCGUCGGAUGCUAGCUCCGCCCCCCUGUGGUCCUUUUUAGAUGAGCCUGUAUUCUACACAUUUUGUGUUGUAGUCUCAGGCCCUGACUAGUCCUCUCCCUACCUUAAGGUACACACUUCCUUUGUUUUGUAUCUACCUGGUCCAAGGUCCAAAGCUGCCGUAUACUAAAAUAGAGAUGAGUUUUUUUUUUUUUUCUUCUUUUUUUCCCUCAAUAGACUUGAUUUAAAGGACCACUAUAGGCAGCUUAAUGAAGUGGUCUGGGUGCCAGGUCCAGCUAGGAUUAACCCUUUCUUCUAUAAACAUAGAAGCCGCGCAUGCACUUUCAGCCGACGAGGUAGAGGAGAGUACCCCGCCCGGCGCUGGAAAAAGAGAUAAAUUUAACCCCUUCCACCCCCCUAGAGCCCGGCGGGUGGGGGCACUAUAGUGGUCCUUGAAAACAAAUAUAUAUGUAGAGAUUGUAGCCGUAUUUAGUCCUAUGAUGCAGAUGUAAAAUAACAGAUACAAUUAGUAUCUUGUAAUACCUUAAUAAUAAGUUAGGAGCCAGUAAUUUUCAACGAGAGUGCAAUUCUUAAAGGUACACUAUAGUCACCAGAUCCACUACAGCUUGAUGUAGUUGUUCUGGUGUCUAUAGCCUGUCCCUGCAGGCAUUUCAGUGUAAACACUGCCUCUUUCGCGAAAAGGCAGUUUACAUUGCUGCUUAGUAACACCUCUAGUGACAUUCACUCAGAUGCGUCACUGCUGUGCCAUGUGCAGCACCCAGGUUCAGUGUUUCCAAGCUCUACAUGGAGGCGCUGAAUGUUCCUCAUAGAGAUUGAUUAAUGUAAUGCAUCUCUAUGAGGAGAUGCAGAUUGGUACAUUUGCUGCGCAUGCACAAAAUCCUCCCAAUGUUUUCCUAAGGGAUAGCAUUGCCUUAGCUGAGAUCAUAAAGAUAGAUCAUCUCACGGAAUCAUGUCAUAUUCCAGCUCCCGACAUCAUUAGACAGCGUGAGGGAGCACGGAGGAGCUACAGGCAGAGUACUGCUCCCUCGUGCGCCACCCACAAUGCUCCCGCGGGCAGCCGCCUCCUCCAUGCUCUUCAGGGCGGCCGCCCACCUCCAUCUACCUGCGGACAGCUGCCUCCAAUAUUCCCCAUGACUGUCGCCGUCAAAGCUCUCUCCCAAACUAGAGAGCUGGCUAAAUUUAGAGUCGCCGUUGCGAUCUGGUGCCUAGUAUUUGGUGAGCCCUGGUUAAAGUGACAUGCGUAAAGAUAAGAUACAGGUGUGAUACAAAAUAGACACCAUUCUCAUAGAGGGUCCUAAAUAUCUUGUGUGAAGAUCAGAGUGAGGGGGGAGAGAGAGGAAAAAAGCAAGCAAACAGUGCAGAAGAUGGUGAUAGAAGAAGAGUAAAACAAUUAACUACUUAGACUAACAAUGCAUGAAUUCACAUCCAAGCUGUGCACUUUUUGAAAGGAAAUUUAAAUAUACUCACACACACACACACACACACACACGUUUUGUGAAAAGAUUAUAUAAGAUUUCCUUUCAAACCGUGAUGGGAUUAAUAUAUUGAAAAAUAGUUUUGAGAUGACAACUGUCCUUUAAUCUGUAUGUUUCUUUUAAUGUUUCUACAUAUUUGUGACAAUCUAACACUUGGGUUUUAUUUGUUAUUGCUGCAUUAUAACAUACAUAAAAUGAUUUGAUAUGUCUCGAAAUAGUGUUUGUGUAUAUUCCUACAUUGUUAACAUGCAGAUAUGCAGUGCAACUGUAUGAUGGGUGUGUUUCCAGAAAUCAAUAGGGCUUGGCUGACUAUUGAUAGUGAUAUAUUCAUGUGGAACUACGAAGAUGGGUAUGUAUCAUAUAAUAUUUUUAUUUCCCUGAAGUGUCUACCAACACUGUGGCUUGUUUUUUUUUGUUAGUGUGUUUUAAAUCCGUUCCAAACUUUUAUGCUAUCUUGCACAUGUUAUUAUAACUGUCAAAUAUUCUAUUUGUAUAUUUUGUCUAUACAUGGCAUAUUCUCCUUUCUGAUGAUGACUUUUGUAUUGAUGAAAUUGAAAUACAGACUGGGAAAAGAUGAUGUAAUAAUGUCUUGAUAGGUGUUUCCCUUUACAGGAAAGCAUUUAGCAAUAUAAAUAUUUCACAGUCAAAUUACCUGUCUUUGCUGUGCUUUCUCAUUCACAGAGGGGAUGUUGCUUAUUUUGAUGGCCUCAGUGAAAUAAUACUCUCAGUUGGAAUAGUGAAGCCAAAGUCAGGUAAGUUUUUGCUUCCUUCAAAACAAACAAGAACUCAAAACAAGCAAAAAGAUAAACUGCCACCCCCCUGCCAAGAGCAAAGACUUCUUGGGAUUUACUUUGAGAAGUUCAUACAAUGAAUUUAAACUACCUACCUACCUAUUUUAUGUUUCAACAGUCCCAAGAAGUGCAGGUGCAAAACAAAAAGGUUUACUUGAAGAGUUACUCCAAUCAUCUUAACCACUACAGCCUUCUCUAGUGGUUAUGAUGCCAAGAGUAACCUGGCCCAGUUCCCCAAUAAUGAGACAAACCAUUUUAGGGACGAUUUGCUUUCUUACCUGGGUCCCAUCAGACUCUCUCUUGUUUAAAGGCAGAGUUACAUCAUCUGGUUUCUGAGGAGCAGCAGGAUCUGGAUACUGAUCCUGCUGCUCAUUUAUUGGCAGAGAGCAUCGAUUGACUACGAAUCAGUGAGCAUGUGGGCAUUGGAUUUUGCACAGAAUUGGCAUUGGCCAGCAUGGAACUCUUGUUCCAGGCUGACUGACACCACAAUGACGACAUCAGCAGCAGCGGGGUAAAUCUCCAUUGUUGCAGAACGUGUCGCUGGGGUGUCAUCAGUGCAUAGUCUCCAGGCACCAUUACUACUUCAUAUGACUGAAGUGUUCAUGGUCCCUGGAGUAAUUAAUAUUUGCCUUUCUCUCUGUAAUAUGUUUCUAUCAUGAUGCGUUGUUUUUACAGGUAUUUUCCAACCUCACAUCAAUUACCUGCUUGUACUUGCAACACCUGUUGACAUUGUGAUCCUGGGAGUGAGUUUUACCGGCCUACAAGCAGGUCAGUCAUUGAGCUUUUGAUGAACCUAGUCCUGUCCUACACCAGGGUUGGCUACCCUUGGAAACACAAAUGUUUGAAAAGUACAGUGACCAUACAUAUUGUGUGCCUAACGUAUUAAAUGUGGCUUCUGAACUUGGAGUGCCAUUAAUAAAUGGUUCAGAUAACUUUCCCAGAUUAAGCUAGUUUGAGCAAGGCCCUGUGUGUCCAACCAGUCUUGGUGCAAAUACUUGUCAGUCCACCUAUUGUACGGCACUGUGGAAGUUGUUUUCACCUUAUAAAUAGUAAUAAUAACAUGACAUAAUUGGUGUUUUUCCACAAAUGUCAUUAAGCAUUUUAUGCAUAGCAGGCAUUUUUUUCCCUUCUGCUUUAUCAAGGCAGUUGAAGUAGGGACACGGGGGUUAGAUGGUGGUUUUAACACUAUAGGGUCAGGAACACAUGUUUGUGUUCCUGACCCUAUAGUGAUCCUUUAACCCCUUAAGGACACAUGACAUGUGUGACAUGUCAUGAUUCCCUUUUAUUCCAGAAGUUUGGUCCUUAAGGGGUUAAAGGUUUACCACCAGCAUCAUAAUCACUAUAGCCUACUGUAGUGGUUAUGAUAUCAGGAGAACCCUGGUGCAGGUCCCUGUUUUUGCAACAGUUUGCCCUCCAAUCUUGAUUCCCCUGGGGCCAGGUCUCCAGUUCUAGCUGCUGUGUUUACAUCUGGCUGCUGUAGAAGCUAGAUGUCGAUUCUGUCAGCCAUUCAUUGUGCAUAGAAACAUGCACGGAAUUGACGUUAGCUAGUCCAGAACUCUGCGAAAUGUUUCACUUACAGACAUCCAGCACCAUGACCACUUUAGACCACUGAAAUGGCCAUGAUGCUUGCAGUAACCCUUUAAUACCAGCUCUCAUUAACUAGAACUCCGUUUCCCCGUUCCUAGUACAGUUUGUGUUUUUCCUACCUGCUCCAGGUCAUCUGAAUGACAGCAUGUCUGGAGGGAUUCAGCUACUUCCAGAGCCACUUUACUCCUUGCCUACAGAUAACACAUAUUUAUUGUCCAUAACCUCAACUGACAAUGGGCGCAUCUUCAUGUCUGGAAAGGAUGGCUGUCUCUAUGAAGUUGCCUACCAGGUGAGUAUAAAGAUGAAAUGAAGAAUUAAGUAAAAGGAAUUUUUCAUACUGAGCUAAUUGGCUCCAUUACGCCCUAGUUAAACCUGUGCUUUUGUGGGGUGUUUUUUUGUUUUUGUUUUUUUGAUAGUGUGGCUAAUUUUGUUUACUUUUGUGUUCUUCAGGCAGAAGCUGGUUGGUUUAGUCAAAGAUGCCGGAAAAUUAACCAUUCUAAGAAUUCGCUCUCUUUCCUUAUACCUUCAAUAUUGCAAUACCCUUUCUCAGAAGAUGGUGAGUCCUCUUUGUUAUCCAUAUUUGUUUUUCCUUCUUCUUAGUGAAAUAUUUCUAUGUUGGUCAUCAAUAUCUUUGUCGUUUUAUUUCCUUUAAGAUGGCUUGGUUCAAAUUGCCAUUGACAACUCAAGGAACAUUCUAUAUACUCGUUCGGAGAAAGGUGUACUUCAGGUAAUGUAUAUGGAAGCUUCAUAUGCAUAAUUUUGAUAUAAAAGAUCUUCAGGUUCAAAAAUAAUAUAUAUUACACACACACAAUAUAAACAUUCCUCACUCUGCAUUAAUUAUGCUAAAGAAGAGAUUCAUAAAUCAGUACGCGAAAACAAUAUUUCAUUUAUUAAAUACUGACCCAGUGUGAUUCAAAAAGGCUACUGGGAAUAAUUGGUGACCUUAUCCUAAAUACAUAUAUCAUGCAUAUGAAACAAACUCAUAAUGUAUACAGAUAAUAUUUACAACAAAUGGCAAUCCCUUUUCAUAUAUCAUACACGAGGUAUAAAUUCAUGAUAAAUACAAUGCUAUGUACAAUUAAUUACAGUCCUAAUAUCCCAUGCUUGUAGGGGUAAAGUAUCCUAAGUGGAUCCACCAAAUGCUAGGCCUUUUGGAAAGAAAUAAAACAAUACUAUUAUCACCAAAUAGUUAAAGGAAAAAGAAGAGCACAAAUUAGGCAAAAAAUUUAUUGUAGUCCAAUGUUGAAAAAUAGUGCACUGAAAAAUACUGCUAUAUAUGGGUGGAUCUCGCCAAAAGUGGAGAUGUCUUUGCAGGGAUCGACUUGUAGUAUAGAGUGUUUUGCUUGGUGAUGGAGUAGUCAAAAAGAGUCCUCCUGAGUGAAAGGUUCGUAUCUCGGGACAUCCAUGUCCCUUCGAAGGCCCCUGCAAUGAACAGAUGAAAGAGCUGCUAAAUAUCUCUAAUUGGCGGCUGUUCAAGACUCUCUGCCUCUUCAAUUGCUUCCGCUUUGUCGUGGAGACGUCAUCAUGCGUCCCCACGUCACAUGUAAGAAACUUUAUUGUCCAUAGUAUACAGGGCAAUACACAGUAAGAAAGUCUGUACGAUAUCCCAUACAGACAUAUGGGAAUUAAUGCGUUAUUAAAACAAUGUAUCAUUAAAACCAAGAAGCCACAUGUACUGCUACAAAUCCUAUGGUAAUAUAACAACCAAUAUCAGUAUAUAUAUCAGAGACAGAAGUAAUAUCAGGGGCAGAGAUACAAUAAUAUUUGAAACUAACUUAUUUAUGUAAAUACUUUAAAGGGACAGUUGGUCCUGUGUCAAACUGUGUCAAGGCAGAUAGAAACUAUAAUUCUGAUAAAUCACAGAUAACUAGAUGCAUUUUGUAUACUUAAUACACAGGAUGCACGACUAGAUGCUCACCUGCAGCUGAUGACCGAAGGGAGAAUGAAGCAAUGAAAGAAUAGUUUUGUAUAAGAGCUAGUCGAAUAACCAGCUGUAAAAAUAAGAUAAAAAGUUAAACGAGUGAUGAAUGACAAAAAAACUGAAAAAUACUAGAAAGCCUAUUACAUAUAAGUUACCCGCCGUGCAAUCUCCCAAGAUAUCCGGGGGCAUGCAACAUGAGACCCCGAACCACUGCCAGGUAGCGGAUCCGUGAAGUUACACGUAUAGUAAUCCUUAACAAAAAUAUUUUUGCCAGAUCAAGGGCGAACCAAAUACUCCCCCUUGAUCACGCUAUUGCAGUGUGAGCAACUCAGGCAUGGGAACGUGCCUUUCUUAGGUUCAGAAAAUAAUCUAGUCUGUUUCUUGAAACUACCAGUGCCUGACUUCACUAAGAUAUCCUUCAGAUUAGGAGCCCUUUGGUGCAAAAAAAGUGGUGGGUUUUGAAAUAUCGGGGGUAAUUGGGAGUCCCCCUCAAGGAGCUGGCAAUGUUUUAUAUAGAGAUAUACGUAUAUCUCUAUUCAAUGGGGUGUAUGGUGAUACAAAAUCUAACCUCUCUGUUUUGUUGACUGUACUGGAACCAAAUAGUUUCCUGACGAGUAAAAUUUGCAACUUUUUGUCUCUGGUUUAAAACUAUAUGUGCGGGAUAACCCCUAUCCAUAAAUUGUUGUAUACAUACAUACAUACAUAGUGGUCCAUAAGUCCCUACCCAUCCAUAUAUCUUAUGUAUCCAGUGUAUCUGUGUGGAUGGGUCAGGACUUAUGGGCCACCCUGCAUAAGUGUGUGUGUGUGUGUGUAUAUAUGUAUGUGUAUAUAUAUAUAUAUACACACGUAUUCCAGUGUGAACCUAUUUUAAAGUCCAUGUCCCAUUUACAUUUUUGUAUUUAUUUUAUAUAUAAUAUCUAUAUCUCUUUCCUCCACAUGGACAUUUUGAUAUUCUGUGUUUUAACAGCAAUGUCAGGCGAAUGGAUGCUCAGCAUCCUGCUGGUGCAAAUUAGGCAUGCAUAAUUAGUCUUUCUGUCCAAGUUGUAGGUUUUCCUGUCUUUUGGCUUUUCCCUCACAGUGAGCCUGAUGUGCACAUUUGGUCUGGUCCUGUGCAGAAAGUUUUUUUUGCUACUUUUGAGGUGGUGGGGUUGUUUUUGUCCUCGUAUACAUUUAACUCUACAAUGAGAACUUCAUAGAAUAAAUAAAAAGUGUGUAUUUUAUACAAUUAAUCUCAGGAAAGGGUAGGAGCUGACUUCUGUAUUUGGCUUGAUGAAGUCACAUCUGUAUUUGUAAAAUACAACAUGCAUCCAUCAAUUACAUUCAAAUCUAUCAAAGCAGAGUGAGGAAUCCUGAUAUAAAACUUACAUUUUUAUAUUAACAGUACAUACACAUUCCUUAUAGAACUCUUCUGUUUUCAGGUGUAUGACUUGGGCCAAGAUGGUCAUGGAAUGAGCAGGGUGGCUUCUUUAUCGCAGAACCAAAUUGUAUCAGCAGCUGGAAACAUUGCAAGGUAACAGCUCCAUCUAGUGGUAGCAAUGACCUGAGGCUUCUUCACUACCAUGACAUGAAGGAGUGCAUUGCCGUAUAUAUUCAGUAUCUAAAUGUAGUGUUCCACCGGCCUUCAGUUUUUAUUUUUUGCUUUGAGGAUUUUUCAUUGUUCUCAUUAUACCAAUAUACUUCGGCGUGUGUGUUGGUGAUCUUUCAAAGAGACUUACUAUAGUGUAUUUUUUUUUUAUUUUUUUUUUUGCAGGACGAUAGAUCGGUCGGUUUUUAAACCCAUUGUUCAGAUUGCAGUGAUUGAGAAAUCUGAAUCUAUGAAUUGUCACUUGCUUGCUGUGACGCACGCAGGUAAGCAAUGUGUGAUUGUUUAGUUAAUUUCAUGAUCAGUUUUAUUAACAAGUUUAGAGUUCAAGGUUUGUACCGUAUAUACUAGAGUAUAAGCCGACCCGAAUAUAAGCCGAGGCCCCUAAUUUUACCCCAAAAAACUGGGAAAACGUAUUGACUCGAGUAUAAGACUAGGGUGGGAAAUGCAGCAGCUACUGGUAAAUUUCUAAAUAAAAUUAAAUCCUAAAAAAAUUAUAUUAAUUGAAUAUUUAUUUACAGUGUGUGUGUAUGAGUGCGCGGUGUGUGUAUGAGUGCGCGGUGUGUGUAUGAGUGCGCGGUGUGUGUAUGAGUGCGCGGUGUGUGUAUGAGUGCGCGGUGUGUGCAUGAGUGCAGUGUGUGUUUGUGUUGCAGAGCCUUGGUGGGGGGUGGGCAUUUUUAUAAAAAAAAAUUUUUAAUAUUUUAAUUUUUUUUGUUAUAUUAUUAUUAUUUUUAUUAUUAUUUAUAUGUAUAUAUUAUUAUUUUAUUUAUUUUUUGUCCCCCUCCCUGCUUGAUACAUGGCAGGGAGGGGGGCUCUCCUUCCCUGGUGGUCCAGUGGCAUUGGCAGUUCAGUGGGGGGAGGAGGAGGGCUGGCAGAGCUGUUACUUACCUCUCCUGCAGCUCCUGUCAGCUCUCUCCUCCUCCGCGCCAGUCCGUGCAGCUCUUCUGUCAGCUCACACUGUAAGUCUCGCGAGAGCCGCACUAUGACCCCGCGGCUCUCGCGAGACUUACACUGGGAGCUGAUCGAGGUGCUGACCGGACCGGCACGGAGGAGGAGGGAGCUGACAGGAGCUGCAGGAGAGGUAACAGCUCUGCCAGCCCCCAGUCUGUAUUAUGGCAAUGUAAAUUGCCAUAAUACAGACAGUGACUCGAGUAUAAGCCGAGUUGGGGUUUUUCAGCACAAACAAUUUGCUGAAAAACUCGGCUUAUACUAGAGUAUAUACGGUAAUCAUGAACAAUUUAAGAGCUCCUCCACUGCCAAAAUAUAUAUAAUUUAAUUAUAUAUUUUUUUUUUUUUUCCUUGCUAUUUAGUAGAUGUCCACCAAUGAAAACAACAUGCAAGCGUGUUAAAUAUAUAUCUCUAAAAAGUGCAUGCAAAAGCUGAAGUCUCUUGUCUUCAGCCUUUGCAAGACCCCUUAUAUUUCUGCACCCAUUUUCUGUGGCUGUCCAAUCACAGACUUCCCAACUGGUCCUGGAAGUUUAGCUGCCAGGUGGGAGUUCGGGGGGGAAUAAGGUUAAUUAAUAAAUGUGCCAAUUUCUAUUAAAAUAUACACCUUUUUUAAUAUGGUUAAAAAAAAAAAAGAGGAAUGCAAUCUUAACACAUAAAGCACCCCAGCAGGUUAGUGCCUAGGGUGUUUGGAGUGUUCCUUUAAUAGGUUGACUAGUUUGCUGUUCAUUCUAAUCUAGAGUAACACACUCACAUUCUCAUAUUGCUAGUAGUGUUGGUGGAUUAUCUUCUCUCUAGUCCAUAGUUAAAUAACCUUUCUAAUAUUAUACUCAUUAUAAAACUACAUUAAUUCCUACUUUAACCACUUACAAAUCCUCAGUUUGAGUACAUGUAUGAGUUGUGUAGUGAUUCCCACACCAGUCCAGAUUUUAUGGGCUCCUUGAAUGAUUUUUGAUUUGGUCUUUUGAUAUCCCUUUUUAGGUGUUCGGUUAUAUUUUAGUACAGUGCCGUUUAAACAAUAUGCAGCCCGUCCCUGUAUGUUGUCCUUGGUGCAUGUUCGAUUACCUCCAGGAUUCUCAGCUUCCUCAAAUGUGGAAAAACCAUCCAAGGUGCAUAAAGCCCUUUACAACAAUGGUAAGCCUGUCCUCCACAUAACGAUUAGUGUCAAACUACUGCCACGUUUAUAUAGGAAUAAAAUAAAAUACCAAAUGUUUAAAAAAAUAACUCCUGUUUAAUUAUUGUGUACUACAAAUUCUGCCAUGCUAGACCAACUUUGUCUAAUAUUCAUUUAUUUUUUUUCUAACUCUUGUCAUUUGAGUCUUUUUGUUCUCUCUAACUUUGCAUUGAUCUAUUUUUCCUGUUCUUUAGGUGUCUUACUGAUGACUGCUUCAGAAAAUGAAGACCGUGACCUUUUGUGGUGCAUCAGCCAUGAUUCUUUCCCAUUUCAGAAACCAAUGAUGGAAAUGCAGGUACUGGAACAAAUUUGUAAGUCUCACACGGGUUUAGUCGUUAAAGUUCAAAACAGCUGAGUUGAAAGCAAAGCUAACUUGGGGAAUUUUCCAUGUUGGCUACAUUCUCCCAAGCUUUAACAUUCACCUGGCAAUUCACUCAUUAGCGACAACUCAGUGAUUAGUAUGUAGUUGUGAUGCUGGUUGUCUUCAUGUGCAUUGUUUUGUACACGUUUUGGUUCAUGUCAAUUCGGUGCUUAUUCUACGCACAGAGGGGCAUUCAUUGGCUAGUGAUACUUGUGACAAGUAAUGGACUAAUGGUGCAUAAUUCACUUUUAUGCAGCAAACACUCUCAGCAUGUCCAACUGGAUCCUCUACUUAGAAGUCUCCAAAUUCUUGUUAAAAUUCUUGAAGUCCAAAUCCAGGAACCGAUCCUCUUUGAAAAGUGAGCAAACACAAUUUCUUUAGAAUAAAAAAUACUUUUCUUAAGAAAAGUGCCAAAUAAAAAGGGGGCAAACAUACCAGACCCCUGGUUCCACUUAAUGCGUUGUGUUUCUUUAGCGGACACUCUGUCAAUAAAUAAAUGAGCAGCAGAAUUGGCAUCUGGCUUCCUCAACUUUGCAAAAGUCUGAUGUCAAAAGCCUACUGAGAGGAGACCUAUUACCCAGCUAGGACACAAGUAAGAGGGCAAAUCGUAGAAAGGUUUUCCUCUUUACCUGGCAAUUGCACCAGGGUAUUUCUACCAUCAUAUACUCUGCAAAGAGUAACCCUUUAACUAUAUGUCACUACGUUAUCUAUGUUCAAAAGUUGUUUUGCCCUGUCGUCCAUAUAUUAGUAGUAUCCCCCAUCACCUGAUAAAUAUAUCUGAGUAGUAUAUAGUUCUUAAUGUUCGAAAGCUGGUCAAGAGAAAAAGAACAUGUAUUUAAUCUUUGUAAUAUUAUUUACUUACUUUUGUAGGUGGCGGUUCAGGUCGAUGGCCAUUCCUGGGCUGUAUCUGCAAUAGAUGAAACAAAACCUGAAAAGAUUGUGACUCCAUUGAAUAGUGAAAUUAUUCCAAUGACGGAUUCGCCUGUUUUAUUUCAACAACACAUGGUGCCACCAAAGAAAUUUGUGCUUCUCUCUGCACAGGUAUGUUUUAAAGAAACUAAAGCUUUUAAGAAAAAAACAUUUACCUCUAGUAAGGAUUACGUUCCAAAAAGCAAAAGCAGAACUUCACAUCUGUUUUUUUUUCAGACAUCUUGAUCAGCACUACCAAUAAGAUCAUUGGUUUUGUUUAAUUUGCUGAAGCUGUAUUGCUUUCUGGAAAAGAGAGUAAUUAUACGGAUUUCGUUCUUCCCUUCCUAAGUUUUUUUUUUUUUUUUUCUUCAACUCCAGUUAAUGAAGCCCUAUAAGCUGUGCCCAUUUAUCUAUCUGUUCAAAUCAGAUGUCCGUUGUCAGGCCCCGUUUGUACGGGCCCAGAUUUCCGCUUAAUGAAUUCCUCUGCUGAGCCUUAUGGUUUGCUAGCCAGCUGUCCCAUUCUUUCUCAUAUUUAUCUAUACAUCCAUUUAUUUUGCUGGUCAUCCUCUCAUAUGUACUAAUCGUGUCCAUUUUAGUGUGUAUACUCUCUAUCGGUGGGAUCUGUUUGCUUUUCCAGUUGCCAGCUAGGGCUGUUUUGGCUACUGUGAGGAUGUUUAAGAUCACUUUCCUAUGGGGAUGUAAAUAGAGAUCAGGGAUGAUAUGGAGUAAGUAUUUUUAUGCGUGUAGGGGAAUGAGAAGCUUUGUCUUGUGGAAGAUCAUGAUCUGGACCUGUCUCCAGAACUCCCUCAGUUUUUGUCAACUACAGAACAUGUGAAGCAUGGUUCCCGUUUCUGUUUCGCAUCUCCAACAAAGCCCUGUUAUGCCUGUGUACAUGGGUGCUAAUCUAUGUGGCACUAGGUACCACCUCAUUGUGAUUUUGCAAUAUGCCUCCCAUAACGAGAGACUGCGCGAGGCUUGUUUCGUACUUGCCAUCGGAGACUGCCAGUCUGUGAGAGGGAGCUGACAACCUAUUUCUGUCUCCCAUUGUGUCAUGUAUAAAAGAAAAAUUAUUGCGUAGGCGCUUCACUGAAAUUAUGGCCGUUUGGUAUACAGUAAAGAUAUACAAGUGGUGUAACCGGUAUAUUAGUGCUUCUCUUUUGCACCAAAUAUUAAUAGUAUAGUACAAAACACAUACCAGUGUAUACACCUCCCCAAUGUGAUUUCAAAAAAUGGGGUGAUAUUACCAAUAUGAAACUUGAUUUUUAGCGUAAACAACGUAGAGCUUGAUUGAGAUGUAAACUAAAACAAGAAAAAAAAUACAAAACAACAUAGUGUAGACUGUAUAGUAGCUUAUAAGUGGUAAUAGAUAUAGAACUCCCACUCACAUUUUCCAGAGUAGUACCAGGCUCACGGGUGCCAAAUACUGACGAUCCAGGUGAUUCAAGCAGAUGAGACUCCAGAAGUAGAAAAUAUAUAUUUUUUUUGUAAAAAAUAUCAGUUAAAAUAUAUACACUUUAGGGCACAAUAUAACAAAGUUGGAAUUCCACUUACCCCUCUAUGUAGUGGCCCAGAUUGUCAGGAUACAGAUGAAAUGACAAAUGAAAAAUGUUAAGUUGUGUAUCUAGGCAUGCGUUUUCGAGUGAUAUCCAGAGCGGGCAUUGGGAGGUUUUGGGGAACGCAGUAGUCUUCUCCCCUGUGCUAGAAGGGAUGCCCUAUAAAAAGGUCUUAUGUCCGGCAUUCCCAGUCCCCCUUUUAUAUAGGGAUGGUGCCCCCUGGUGUGCUCAAUCCUUGUAUGGCUGUGUCCUGUUUAAUAAUUCUUACCAAUGGUUCUAAGCAUAAUAUAAAGAUUAAGGGGGGGAGAGGCCAUCCCUGCCGGGUACCAUUACAUAUAUCGAAUUGGUUGGAGAUGAACUCAGUGCUAAAAACGUUGGCGGACGGGCAGUGAUAUAGUGCCAUUAUGCUUGAUCUGAAAGCGGGAGGGAAUCCCAUCUUCAUAAGUGUAAGUAGCAUAUAUUUCCAGUGUAGCCGAUCAAAAGCCUUUUCGGCAUCUAGUGCUAGGAGUAUACCCGUUUGGUGUGAUUUGUUAGCCCAUUCCACUAAAUUUAGGAAGUUCUGGUAUUGUCCCCUACCGGUCUCCCCUGUACAAAUCCUGCUUGCUCCUCCGAGACUAAGUCCGGGAGGAUUUAUUUUGAGUCUGGAAGCUAAGAGUUUAGCGUAGAGUUUGGUGUCUACAUUUAACAAGGAGAUUGGAUGUAGAUUUGCACAUUGCGUGGUGGGUUUGUUGGGUUUUGGUAGUGUCACAAUAUGCGCUUCCAACAUUUCUUUGGGCAUGGUUCCAGAUUCUUUUAUAAGGUUAAAUAGUUUAGUGAGGGGUGGUGUUAGUUGGUUCGCUAAUUUGAUAUAGUAAUAACUGGAGAGACCGUCUGGCCCAGGGGCCUAUUGCUUGGGGAGGGAUUUUAUCACUUCUGCGACUUCUUCCUCCUUGAAUGGGUUUUCGAGGAGGGAACAUUGUCUGUGUUAGGCUAGGCAGAGGGGGCCCUUUCUAAAAAGAGGUGUAUCUCCUCCUCGGUUGGUGUGUUUUGGGAUCUGUAUCUAGUUGGUAUAGUGUUGCAUAAUAUUUUGCCAGUUCGUUCACUGUAUCUUGGGGAUUGUAUAACUUAUCCCCAUCUUUAGAGGUUAUGUAGGGGAUUUUAGAUUGUAGUUUAGUCUGUUUCGCUUUCCUGGCUAAAAGUUUGCUCGCUUUGUUGCCCGUAACGUAAUGAGACGGUUUUAAAAAUCUCAGAUGUUGUUCUGUUAUUGUUAAGUGUAGGUUAUGGAGGGCCAUUCGGAGCGACAUUAGUUGUUUGUGUGUGCUUGCCGUGGGAGCUGCCUUGGCCAGUUCCUGUUCUAGUCUGCUCAAUUCCAACUUGCGUGACUUCUUUGCCCGAGCCCCUGUUUGAAUUAGUAUGCCUCUCGUUACUACCUUAUGGGCCAGCCAUUGAGUAGUAGUGGAAGUUUGGCAAUUAGCAUGAUUUGUAAAGUAUUCCUUUACUUGGGACUGUAGCCCCUGGAGAUGCUUUUGGUACAUCCAAAAGGCUGUCGUUGUGCCACGUCCUCUAGCUGGGUAUGGUAUUCGUAUAGUCACGCUUUGUGUCGCGUGGUCGGACCACGUAAUUGGUCUUAUGUGUGCCUUAGUUGCGAAAGGCAAGGUUUUGGUAUCUAGUAAACAUAGGUCAAUUCUGGUGAAGGUCACGUGUGCUGCUGAAUAAUAAGUAAAAUCUCUCCCACUAGGAUAGAGGCUUCGCCAUGUGUCGUACCUGUUUGUUGUUUUUUGUUUUUUUUAAAAAAGAUCUCUAUUUAACUUGUAGGGGAGUCUUAUUUUCUCUAAGCUGCGGCCAGUGGAUCAGCUACGACAUCUCCUUGUUACCAACACUGGAGGAGAAGGGGAAGAAAUAGAGCAGUUUUUCAAAUUGCAUCAGGUAACAUACCUUUUUUUUAAUUCAUUGUAGCUAAUUUUAAAAAUCUGGAGAGAGAAGUUAUGCAGAAAGCAAAAUAUCAACUCUUCUUCACUCCCCCCCACAAAUGUUUUUUUUCUCCUUUUAAGGAAAACCAAGCCUGUGCUACUUGCUUGAUUCUUGCUUGCUCUACGGCUGCAUGCGAUCGAGAGGUCUCCACAUGGGCAACGCGGGCAUUCUUCAGGUACUUUUGAUUCUGGUAUAAUAUUACAUUCAGUUUUAAAUGUUGGUUUCUUUAUACACUUGACAUCACAUGACUGUAUGUUUAGUGCUUCCCCUGUAGGAAAUAGUAAUACUUUUAUUUAACAAAAUUGCAGCCUUUAGCAGCUGUAUUGCAUGUGUCCUCCAUGCAGGUCAUAUUCAUUCCUGUUACGCUAAUUCAAGUUCGCUAGUAAAACGUGUAUAAAUAUUUUAUAUUUAGUUAUUGGAAAAAUUAGGGAAUUACAUGAUUUUUUUUAAUUCUGUCCCCUGCCACCCCUCCUCUUUAGGUAUGGCGGAGAGGCCCAGGUGAGACUUCAGCCUUCACUACCUGCUCCAAGCACUGUGGGACCUAUAUUUGGUUCUCCUUUGCCCAUAGGUAAGAAAUAAAGUAGUGUGUGAAGAUUUUAUGAUGUGCAUUCCGUCACACAUUAUGCUUAACGUCUGUUGUGUAUUGAAGUACUGAAUUACCGGGCAAGCAUCAUUGUUUUAAAUGGGAAAUGUGUGCAAUUACUCUUCUGUAAUUCUGUGGGAAAGAUCUUUUCAGACAUUCAUUUUUUUGUGAGGCAACCGUGAUUCAAAUAUUUGUUAACCAAAAUUUUAGUCCGUAUGUAGUGUUGUAGUACUUCCAAAUCCACAUUUUGAAACUGUUAAAUCUGCUCUGAAUCCUAGACUUUUUCAAAGCAUGAUGGUUUGAUUAUUGCAUAGUGAGACAGGACACUUCAGGCACCAUAACCACUUAUGCUUAUUACAUACGUUAAGGUGCAAAGCAGUCCCCUGUUACCUUGCCCUUAGCUAUAAUCCUGUUUCUUUACUGUUGUAUGACAGAAUAAGAAAAUAUACUUAAAGUAAAGCCAGCCUUGAGUAUUUACCUGUAACUUCAAUCCAAGCCUGUUUUAUGUGAUCGUACUGGGGAUCGUUGUAAAACACGUGUGAGGUCCAUUGUACCAUUGCAGAGGAGACUGUUUUAUGAUAUUGUUUGCUACACCCAUACAAUGCUGGUUCUUUCCUGAAGGAAAAACCUUCCUGGUAUUUUGAAUCAGAAGCAACACUUCUCUCUUAUGCUUUCCGCAAGGUAUGACGUCUUUAGGCACUAUGAGCAAAGGCUUUGUAUUACCGUAUUGAUAGGGAGAUUCUAAGCACUGGAAAAAAAGUAGGAUUUGGCCAUGUAGGAUAACUGCUGACCUUUUGGUGUGGUAAAAUCACAGUUUAACUCCAUGCAAUUCACACAUGCUGGUACUUAUUAUGCACACAUGUGCUUCUGAUUUUGUUGCUAUCUUUGUUCUAUCAUUUAUACAUUUAUGCAAGUGGAGAAAUAGAUUUCCGAGUUAAUGUGACUGCUUCUUGAAUUUUAGCAUCCCCUAUGACUGUUGCCAGCCCAGGUCCUAAUCCCAGCUUUCUUGGUACUCCAACUCAAGGUAAGUGCUUUGUUCAUGGACACUGGCAUUUUGAUGGUACGUUAAUGUGUACUUGACUGUUUUGUUUUUUUAUCCCUGCUGCAAUUCUCAGGUAUCUACCCUACAAAUAUCUCAACCCCAGUGCAUAUAAUUGGAACACCUGUACAUCAGCCUACCUCUUCCAUAACUGGCAUAAUGGGACCAGAAGUCGUAUAUUCUGGGAAACACAAUGGUAUCUGCCUCUAUUUCUCUCGAAUUGUUGGGUAAGGUUAUUUGUUUAUACUAAAAUCUGGGGAAAAAGGAUAAUAAAUAUUCAAAAUCCAGAUUUUUUUUUUUUUAAAUUUUUAUUAGUUUGUUAAAGGGGUAUUCUCUCUAAUAACCAAAACUGCUUCAGCUUAAUGCCUAGAUUCAGUCCUGCAUCCCUGCAGGCUGAUAAUUGUAAACAUUGCCAUUCCUGAGUAACAUCACUGUUUACAUUUGUCAGUCUGUGUACUUUUAUUGGCUGUUAAAAGGUACUUUCUUGUGAAGACUGUAACAAAGGAGUCCUUUUUGAUGAAUUCAGUAAAUUCUCUCCAUGGAGAUGUGUUGUAAUGCUCUCUCUGAUAAGAGUAUCUUAUUAGUGCUACACGUGUGCAGUAAAGCAGUCAGUGCUGCUCCGUGAUUGGCGAGGUUUGUGUAUGUAUGGUUGCAUACAUGUAUUUAUUUCUACAGGUGGCUCAAUAAUCUAAACGUUAGCAAGGCUACACAAAUUAUAAAUAUGUGUUUGUUUUUACAGCAUUGAAGGUGUGUUUGCAUGUGUCUCCAAAUAUGAAUUUGGUCAGUUGGAAUGAGAAAUUUGAUAAAUGUUUCUUCUUCUUCUUCCAGUAAUAUUUGGGAUGGAAGCAUGACUGUUGAGAAAACCUUUAAGAGUGGGAACAGAGAAGUCACAGUGGUAAGAUUGGAAAAUGCCAUCUGAAAAAGCAUCUUUUGGAAAUAAAUGCGUGAUUGUUACAGGAAAUUGUUUGCCCGUUUACUGACUGACCUGGUCCAUUUCAAAAAGUCAUCCUUUUUGUUACAAAUUUUUUAUGAUGUACCUGGUUUUAAUGAUGUGGCUUACAUUUCACUUCAGGUUCAACCAUCUUGUUACCCUAUCUGCACAUCAUUUCAAUAUACCAAAUAUUAUUUUGAUCUAAGAGCACUGUUGUGCUGAACUUAAAAUCUUCAUUAGAGCAUUUCAAAUUCAGAGUGCCUUAUUUUGCACUAUUCAUUAUCUUGGACUUCUUUUGUUUUGUUAGUUCAGUGUUUGCUAAGAUAACACCAUCUGUGCUUGAAUGGAAAAAUCCAGAUAACCUGCACUCUUUAGUAGCAACUACUUUUGAAAGCCUCUGGUACAUAUUGCCAGUUUUUCUGGUGCGUCGUGGGCCUUAGUGCUCCUCUUGUUUGUGAGCUAUUUUCACCAUGCAUGGGUAGAGGAACAAUAGACACAAACUACUUGAAACGAGUCAUGAAAGCAUGUCAAUCUGUGUUUUCUUUACUUUCUUAUGUAGGUUGACAGCAGUGUCACGCCACAACAUCUAGCGACAGUGCUCCACAAACUAAAAGGAUUACUGGAGUUUCUCGAUAGAAAUUCACAGUUUGCUGCAGGAUCCUUUGGAAACCCUAGGUAAGCUACAGUCCUAAAACUGCGUAUAUUUUGUAAAUUAGAAGUCCAUAUAAUCAUGAUUGCUGUUGACUAGGUCAGGCCUAACACAGUCCAGGGUAGCUGUAGUGCUAAAUCUUAGCCCUCACUGACCUUUUAAUGAGGUUAUUCUUGUGUGGUUCUAUCCAAAACAUGAAAGAUUGUGAAUAAAGGGAACUACGUGGUUAAAAUUCUGGAAGUGGGACAAUCUCCAUGAAAACAAAUCUAUCACGCAAGUUCCGGGGUGCGUCAGAGAUUUUUACAUCUGUUGACAUAAAAUGCAAGGCAGAAAAUUACUAAGCGAUAUAGUUUAAUAUAAAUGCUGAGUAACUUGCCAGUGAAAUCAAACCAGCAUAUGAACUUGCUGCGACCUAGCCCUCUUACACUAUUAAUAUUUUAUUUUUAUUUUUUCUCUUUCCAUCUGAAGUUUUGGAACACCUGCAAACCUUCACCACAGAUUCGUGAACCUUGGACGGCAUGACACUGGAAAUUCUCACCAAGUCCAACAAGAACUCCAGAGAAAAUUCCAUAGUAAGAAUUUGUUUCCUAAAUGCCCUACGAUUUAUUGCUUAUAUAUCAGGUUUGUUUCAGAUAUCCAAGAUGUAUACAAUCUAAGUAGUGUAGUAAGUGUUCAUGCUGGACCAUACUGACUUGGUGCCUCUUCAAAGACAAUAACUCUUGAUCUAUACAUUACACUGCAUUAUAUAGCAUUUUGUGGUUGUUGCUUUGAGUGUUUUUUUUUAUUUAUUUUUUAUUUGUUUUUUUUAACCAACUUGCCAGUAAACACGGUCUCUCUGAAGGGACAGCUGCAUGUUCAGGAGCUCUGUACUCUCUUGGGCGUUGUUUUUUGUGGACUUAUUGGUGCUCAGUGAUCACUGUUUAAUGGCACUUUGACUGCACAGUUUCAAUACAUGUUCUAAAAUGGUGAUCUACAGAAGCAUUUUACAUUGUGUGCUGUUACUAUGUAUUUAGGUUUUUGUUGGGGAUUUGGGUGCUGGUAAGAAAUCUGUUGAAAUGUUUGUAUGCGUGUCACUUGCUUUAUAGAAGAUUUUCUGAUUUGGAGGCAUAGUUUGAUGAAGUGUAUAUUUUUCAGCUGAAGCACAACUGUCAGAGAAGCUGUCUCUUCAAGGGAUCCAUCAGCUGGUCAGGAAAACAUGCCAAGCUUUGUCCCUGUGGAAACUACUUUGUGAAAACCAGUUUAGUCUCAUUGUGGCUGAACUGCCAAAGGUGUGUUUGGAAUUCCAAUAUGAUUAGUAAACCACCAUUUCUUUAAAGCAUUUUGCCUUUCAACUUCCAUGCACUUUGGUUCUCUGUAAGAUUUUAUGUAAGUCAGACAUUUUUAACCUCUAAUUUUAAAGUGGAAACCUUUUUAUUUGUUCCACGCAUUUAAAUGAUCAUUAAAACUCCUAUUGUUCUCCAUUCUGAUUGACGUGCAAUUUACUGUAACAUUACUAACUUCUUUUUCAUUUCACAGGAGCUGCAUGAGCAUUUAAAGAUAACUGCUUUUAAAGAUCUGGUGGUACGAGACAAAGAGCUUGCAGGAGCUCUGAUUUCAUCAUUGGUCAAUUGUUUUAUUCGGGACAAUACAACAGUUGAUGCUAUAAGCACUUACCUGCGGGACGUUUGUCCUCUCUUUUACAGCACUGAUGAUGCAGUGUGUUCAAAGGUACAUAAUCAUAAUUUUUUUUUAUUGUUUUGGUAUUCUUCAUGUUAAUCACGUGCCUAAAAACUUUUGAUACUUUUCUCUUCUUAGACUAGUUUAAAUUUUAAAUAUAUAAACUCUUCUGUUAUAGACCUGCAUGUAUUCAGGAGCAGUCACGUUUCUUGUAAUUUCUUAAUGAAAAUUGUGAAAAUUUAACUAAAACAUUUUGAGUGGAUGUUUUCAGGUUCAUGGGUUUCUUUAUCUUGCAGGCAAAUGAAUUGUUACAAAGAUCACGCCAAGUUCAGAACAGGUUGGACAAAGAGAAGCUGUUGCGAGAAUCGUUAAAGGAAUACCGCAAAAUCAGUCAUCAGGUUGAUCUUGCAAAUGUGUGUGCCCAGUAUAGACAAGGUAAAUGAGCAUAAAGGUGUAUUUUUAUUUUUUAUUUUUUUUUGUCCCAGCAUAUAAUUAAGAUGUAGGACUAAUUGGGAAAGUGGAGGUGUUGUGGCUGGGCCGCAUACAUACCGUUAAAAUUAAAAUUAUGAUUUUACCGCACAUCCUAUAUCUCUUCCAAACAAUCCCUAUUGCCCUCCCAAAUAAACUCUUUAAAAAUUUCCAAAUGCUUAGAAAUGCUCAUAUCUGGGGGGAAAAAGCCCCCAAGAAUGCCACAGCACCUACAUUGCCUUGUACUAUAAAGCCUCAUUAAUUUCCCAGGUUUUGUCAGUAAUCACAAACUCCUCAUAGCUGUUUUGGCUACAUCUGGAAAAUGCACAGCCCCAGACAUCGUGGCCCAUCUUCUUUGGACUGCUGCUCAACCAAACCCAACUAAACAUAAAACAAUGUUACCAACUACAAAACAUCUUCGCGGUACGUGGAAGAGACAAGUGACCUCCUUAAAGGGACACUGUAUGCACCCAGACCACUUCAGCCCUUAUGUAUCCAACAUCCUCUGCCUGUUGGAGAUGCAACAAAUACCGGGGUAUGCUGUCACAUCUUUUGGGACUGCCCUGCUUUAAAGCCAUUUUGAGAGUUAAUUGAGGAAUUUCUAUCCUCAACACUGAAUAUUAAGAUACCCCCUCAUCCAGAAUGUUUAUUACACCUAAUCCCCAACAUUAAAACUAUCGAACAAAAAGUAGUCGCCAUACACGUUCUACUAGCUGCAAAGACUGCUAUUGCAGCAAAAUGGAAUUCUACCCAUGUUCCCACCAAGCAAGAGGUCCUUGACAGAAUAGACAGGACAAGCCAAUAUGAAGAAAUGGCGCAUAGACUAAAGGGCAAAAGUGGCAGAGCAGGAUUAGAUUUAGCAAGAACCAAGUGAGAUAGUCAAGGAUCGGGGUUUAAUAACCCUAAUCUAAAACUCAUUACUGUUGGGAAUCACAAUAACUGAAUGCUCAGCCCCAAUAACUGCAGGAUAUGGGUCUACUGUCUCCACGCAUUGUGUUAUAACUUGUUAAGUUUGUUAUUUUCGUUCCUCAUUGUACUUCUUCACAUGUCCAUAUUUCUGGGGCUUUGUAAUAUAAAGGGUCAUCGAUAUAGAUCAGAGCACACCAACAUAAAUGGUGUCAAAGUAAAACACGGCAAUAGUAAUAAAAUCACUUUCUGAGCCACAAGACACUCCUAUCCACUUAGAACUCCUUGUUCUCGUUUUACUACUCUUGCACAUUAUCCACUCAUUGGAACAAAAUUGUGAAUUUGAGGAUGCAUCUACUGGGUGGUCUCAGGAGAGGAGAUAAGCGUGUCAAAUAUAUAUUUUGAUAACACAUAUACAUUAUAACAUUGUUAUCCACACUUAUACCACAGUAUAUGACCAUAGCUUUCAGCUAGGCUGUUUCCUGUUCCAGAUCUAUGCAUUGGGGACACAACCCUCCAUACGUGGUUAACUCACAAAUGCUAUGAUCUGUAGUCAUGAAUGUAUGUCAAUAAGCAGUUUGUGACCUGUCCAUGUUAAUCCUGAUAUUGUUACUCUGUACUAGACAAUUGAGACCCUAUGUGAUCUUUGUAAUGUAUGAAAUAUGACGUCAUAUGAAGACAAAAAAAGAAACUUGUAACUAAUUUAUAUUUAUACCAAUAAAAAUGGUACAUGGGGAAAGAAAAAGAUGUAGUACUAAGUGGGAUGUUUUUGGGGCUUGACACAUGUACCACUAUCUGUUCUCUGAAGUGCGUUUCUAUGAGGGAGUGGUGGAACUGUGCCUUACUGCUGCUGAGAAGAAAGAUCCUCAAGGACUUGGGCUACAUUUUCACAAGAACGACGAACCCGAAGAAGAUGCUGCUGGUCUCCAGGCAUUCCAGGAGAGGUAUGUGUCUUGCUGUAGUCACCUCUUUUUAUGUUUUGCUGAGGAAGAGGCUUCAGGAUUUGAAGAAUCUUUCAAGAGCCAGCUGUGUUUGAAUUGCAGUGUUAUGAGUUAAUACUCAUUUAUAAUAAUAAGCAUGUUGAUGGAUCUUUUUUAUAAGCUGCUCGAACCUUGUGAAAUCUGCUGAGCAGUUAAAAUUCUCUUGCAGACAUUUGUUGCUUAGCCUACCCUGGGUUCAAUAGGCUAUGCUGUGUCUGCAUUUUGUUUUAUGGGUUUUCUGGUGUACUGCAUUUCCUAUCACUGCACUAGAUGAAUAGUUUGCAUACUCUGACAUUGCUCACGUUCUGUAUACUCUUUAUCUUUUUUUUUUAAUGUGUAUUUAUUUUUAUUUUAGAUUGAACUGCUAUAAGUGCAUCACUGAUGCCCUCCAGGAGCUGGUAAAUCAAAGCAAAGCUGCCCCUCAGUCCCCCAGUGUUCCGAAGAAGCCAGGUCCACCGGUUUUAUCAUCUGAUCCAAACAUGCUCAGCAAUGAGGAAGCCAGUCUACAUGUAAGGAGCUCAUAACUUGAUUACUGCGGUAUUGGGCCUUCUUUCAGAACAGGUUCACUGUAAAAUAUACUUUUCUAGCUGUUUAUGUGAUCGGUUACUCAUGCAUGAAUAUGAAUUUAGCAACUAGACAGGGAAAGCUUUCUUUUAUGUGCUCUUUAUUCCUUCAUUCAAGAGCUUUCAACUUAAUGUCAUUUAAGCCAAGUGACAAAGUUAAAGAUCACAGCAAGUGCACAUGGGUAUCUUGUUGAUCAUAGGAUUUUAUUAACAAUGAAGAAAUAUAUACUCACCAGUAGCUUGGACUUUCAGAAGUAGGCCUCCUCCUUUAGAUACUAGAAAUUGCAAAAAAAGAGCCUUCUUUUUAUGGUGCCAGAGAUAGAUUUCAUACCAGAGCUAACUAAUAUGGGACUCCCCUCCUUCAACUGUGGCACUGUACCCAAUGAAGGGUGCUGAGGGAGCUUUCAUUGUAAUUCUUUUAAUAAAAUACAAAUCUGAUAAGUCAUACCUCCAGUAUAAAGAAAGAACAAACUAGUGGGACUUCUGCCACCAUAAUUUUACAAUAUGUUGCGACCCUUUCUGAAUUUUUGUAGAUGGUCUGAAGUGAAGUCUGUUCCUGUAUUUAUUGCUGCCUUUUUUUCUCCCCCACUCUAGUUUGAACAAAUGCUGAAGUUGGCUCAGCGCUCUACAGACGAACUCUUCAACAUUGCGCUGUUCAAUUGGCUGAUACAAGCAGAUCUUACGGACAAGCUAUUGGAGGUAUGUGUUUUUGCUUUGAAGAACAAUUGCACAUACAGAGUUAUACACUAAAGUGAGAAUUCAAAUGUAUGGCCAAAGUAGCCAAAAGGGAAGUAGAGCUGACUAAGGAGGAUUUGUGUGUUAAUUGGCAGAUUAUACAUUUUAAAACCAAUGAUGUUUUGUUAUGUUUCUCUGUAGCUUAACUCUCCAUUUUUGGAGCCACAUUUGGUUCGUAUGGCGAAGAUUGAUCAAAAUAAAGUGCGCUAUAUGGAUUUACUCUGGAGAUACUAUGAGAAGAACCGGAAUUUCAGCAGUGCUGCUAGAGUCGUUGCCUCAUUGGCAGAUGUGCAUAGGUGAGACCUCUUGUUUCUCCAGCAUGGAAGAGUCUCGACAAAUAUUUUUCAGAAAGGUUUACAAUAAUCUUGACUUUGAGGAUUUACUUUACAUAUAGGAUAUACUGAGAGUUGUGUAUAAAGAGCUGUUCUGGGGCAAUUUGUAAAUAUGGUGCAAUUGCCAUGGAACCAAAAGAAUGUUCCUGCAAAUUGCUCAACAUUUACAGGUUUGUCUCUAAAUGACAUUUAAUGUAAUGGAGUUUGCUUUGAUGUCAGAGAGUUGUAUUCAUCUUUUGUUUAUAGAAGUUUGUGCAGGUUUAUGUUUGUUGGUCUUUUGAUCACCAGAAACAACAUCUCACUGAUCUUGUCAUCAAGCAUCUGCUCAUAAUUUUAAAAUCCCUACUUCAUUACCAUUCAGGCUUUUGUAAAAAAAAAAAAAUAUAUAUUAUUCCUGCAGUUCACCCUCCACUUACUUUUUCCAAUGUCAACAUUCCACUUUUUAAUGUUUUAAUAUGAACCUUUUUGCACUUUUAUUGCAGCUCCGAUAUUUCACUCAGACAGCGCCUCGAGUACCUUUCUAGAGCCAUACUAAGCGCUAAGAGCUCCUCUGGAAUGUCUGCCCUGCCUGCUGAUGGAGAGUUCCUGCAUAUGCUGGAAGAAAAAAUGGAGGUGAAUUUCUAAUUUUUCUAUGUAGGGGAGUUUUACAUGUAUUACUACUUCUGUGUCCCUUUUGUUGCCCUGCAAACAUGUAGCAAUGUUUUGAGUGCAGUAAUCUUUUUCUUCCAGGUUGCCCGGAUACAGCUUCAGAUUCAGGAUGCAUUAUUAAAGCGGAAUUUCUCUCAAGCGGAGGUGCAAGAAGCUGUUGCAAACCUAGACUCCCAACUUAUGGAUAUCUCAAAGGUAUAAUGAAUGUAAUUUGUGUAGAUUGUUAUUUCAAGUAGAAAGUUGGCACCAGAAUCAACAGGUUUUCAGCCUCUCCCGGGUGACUUUACUGAAAGUGAGAGUAUUUUUGUUUAAUGGCAUUUUACAUUUUUGUGAUAUUACAGUGUUCCAUUUAAGAAUAUUUAACCACUAAUACAUUAUCAUCAAUUUAAAGUAUCCAGUCGUAUAGCAGAAGACUUUGUUGAGAAGUCAGAAUUGUUGACCAGUAUUGAGUGUUAAUCUGAAUCUCUUCCAGCUUUACGCAGAGUAUGCUGACCUCUUCAAGCUUUCUGAAUGCAAGUUGGCCAUUGUACAUUGCGGUAGCUAUUCUGACCCCAUCAUGGUUCAAACCUUAUGGCAAGAAAUCAUAGACAAGGGUAUGUCUUCAAAUAAUUAUUUAAUUCCUCCACAUUAAUCUAGCAUAUUCUUUAUUGUAAAACUGUCAUUGUGUUGCAUUCAAAUGUCUUCCAUUUGCUCCAAGAUUGAAAGUGCGUUUAUCUGUUGUCUGUGUGGAAUGUAGAUUCCCGUACUAGCUUUUCAUUUUAUUGAUUCCUAGAAUUGGCUGACAGCAGAGACAUGGAACCUGCAAAUCAGAUGCAAUCAUUAAAUCUGAAGCUUACAUCACUUGGAAAGAUUUACUCUAGUACACCUCGCUACUUUCCUUUGGGUAGGUUGUCUGGUAGGAUUAAAAAACUAUUACCUUUGUCUAUUUUCUUGAUCUUUUCAUCAAUGGGGUGAAACAAAUUUUUUUUUUUUUCAUUAUUUGAUCAGCAAUUGGUAACGCAAUUCGUUUGGAUGUAAAGAUGUAAGCAUAUUUGGGGCAAAAUUUACGUUUCUUGACAUAAGGUCUAAUGCAUAUUGUCCUCAUUGCCCUCUUUCUAUAACUGUAGAAUUCUUGGUUCGGUACUUGGAACAGCAGGUUUGCAGUUUGAACUGGGACGUUGGUUUUGUCACGUAUACCAUGGAGGGAAUUGAUGUGCCCAUCUCAAAAUUACUUGAAGUUUAUGAUCACUUAUUUAAAGCACGGGUAAGAAUACAUCACCUAUAUAUAGGCUAUUUACUAUGAUCUCACAAAAGAAAUUUGACAAUUUUAUAGUUCUUUAAAAAUAUUUUAUUAUGUAUUUCAACAUAAAUUACUUGUGCUAAUAAACAGGUAUGAGCAUUUACAUGGAUACGUUAUUACAGUGUUCAUUCUUUUCAGAACACUGCAGUGGAGAUUAUUAGCUAAAUGUCUAGAUGUUGUAUUACUUGUGCCAAGCAUUGGUAAACUAAAUGCAUGCUUGAUUGUUCUAAAUCUCCCAUAAGAGAAAAACUAACACAAACCAUUGAAAUUAGAGAACUUGGUAUUGAAUUCAACCCACAUCUUAAAAUGUAUUAUUGAGACAGCGCAUUAACCUCUUCUUGUCGAACAUAAUGUUAAGAGAAAAAGAUCACUAUACCUUUUGUUAGCAACUCAGGGCAUACCCAACUUAAUAAUGAUUUAAAAUAUGUAUAUUUAAUUUUAAAUGUGCCUUGUUUUGCACCAAAUGUCCAGACUAUGCCACUUCUGCAGUGACACACUUAUUAUUUAGAUGUCUUUUUUUUAUUGGCAAUAGACGUGUAGCAGUAGUUAUAAGUAAACGGUGUGCUGCAACCAUCAGUACUACAUACUGCACUGGCCCUCUGUGGCAGCUUAUUAUUCAUGCAGUUGUGUAUUAGAAACUCAUAACUUGCACACCUUUUAACCCCUUAAGGACCAAACUUCUAGAAUAAAAGGGAAUAAUGACAUGUAAUGUGUCCUUAAGGGGUUAAACAAAGUACCGGUGGAAGAUUAACCCAACAAGUUAAUAUUUUACUACUACCACCCAGCUGCAGAAAGGCAAGGAAAGUUCGUCACACACUUAUUUUCAAACAAAAUGUAGAAGUUACCUUUUUACAGACAUGGCCUUGCUGAAAAGGAAUGACUGACUGAAGCAGGCACUUCCUUUGCAACUUUUCACGCUUUUUAGUGUUUUUUUUUUUUUUUUUAAUUAUGGGAUACAAUUUUGACUAGACAAUGGCGAUUAAUAGUCCUUUAGAUAAUCCACAUUUACCCUUGUCCUGACAGGGAUUUAUUAACUAUGUAUUUCUUGCAGGAGCCUUACUGGAACCGAAUGAAGAAGCCUUUACACUUGCUAGAAUGCAUCCACAUGCUGAUCCUCUCUUUUGUGCAAAAUCCAAGCAAAGUCCCAAACUACGAAAGGUUAGCAGCCUUUAGUAAAGUUAUUUCUGUACUUUUACAGGUGACGUCUAAUAGUUUCUCGCAUUAAUUAUAUAAUCCUGCACAGCCAGUCAUGGAACCCAUACCCUUAUGUAUCACAUGUGCUCAUUACAUACUCACCUGCUUUUGGCAUCAAAUGUUCUAGAUUAGGAUUUUUUCCAUGGUUUUUGUGCAAAAAUCGGCAAAGUAAUGCCAAAAAGAUGACACUAUAAUCAGAAACUACUAAGGAUGCUGAUUUAGUUAAAAUAAAAAAACAUUUAUAAUAUGCUGUGUUCAAAAACCACAACACAGUCUCUGAACUGACAAAAAUGCAUGACACUAUAAUCAAAGUAAUGCCAAAAAGAUGACACUAUAAUCAGAAACUACUAAGGAUGCUGAUUUAGUUAAAAUAAAAAAACAUUUAUAAUAUGCUGUGUUCAAAAACCACAACACAGUCUCUGAACUGACAAAAAUGCAUAAUCCAACCUUUUAAUUAGUAGGCCUUCCCAGAAGGCGGUUGAUGCAGUACUGUGAUUCCAUGAUCAUAUUGCUCUCAUGGCUGGUAAAUUAUCUAUUGUAGCAUUACAAAUUGUAUUCAGGGUUCAUUUUGUGUUACAAAAUAAAAUGGCAUUGGCUAAUGAAUGGCAAAAAGAUGUUUAGCAGCUUAUCCUCUCAUGGCACUGUUAGGGAACACUUAAUCUUAAUACGUAACCCAAAAUGUUUUGAGAUUUGGCUACAGCAGAAGACUCAAGAUAGUCAAUAACAAAAUUAACAUGCCUUACAGUUUUAGUUUCAGAAUAUUCAUGUAUUGGUUCUAGAUCUGAGGUAGUAGUUGGCUUUUUUGUGGUCCUACAUUCUAGAAUGUUUAGGUGGGAGUGGGGGAUGUAGCGGUGAGCACAGCCAUAAAGCAUGUGGGUCUACCUCUUACACCCAGGAGCUCAGAUCUUGCAGAUGUUGGCCCACAGCUGCUAGAAAUCUUUAAAUGCAAAUCGAUGGCCAGAGCAUCAUGGGGUUGUAGUUCAGCGACAUCUGGGAGAUUGAAAUAUUGGUGUACACAAUCUUGAUGACGUUUAGAAAUCCUCCGACUUUCAAGAUUUAAGAAAUGCAUUAUUUAAUCAUGAUCACUAUACUUAUUUCUAUUCUACUCUUCAUUAGAUUAAUGAGUGUAUUCAUUGUCUUUGCAGGCGGCGCUUUGUGAAUGUUUGUUUGGAUGUGAUUUCUUGCUACCUCGUGCAUCUUCAGUCAAUGGACUCAACCGUGUCAUUGCAGACAGCCAUUGGGAACUUCAGGUCUUUGCAGGCCAAAUUAGAAAGAUUGAACUACUGAGUUCACAAGAGCAGAUAUCUUCUCUCUUAAGUAAUAACUAUAAACUAAGAAAAAGCUUCUUUCAAGGAUCGACUUCAAGCAAUCACCUGGUCUCUGAGCUUCUGCAAAUUUGAGCAGACUGACUAUUGUAUUCUUUUUUUACAAAAAAAAAUGACUGUAAAUUAAUUUAAUAGUUCACAGUGGUCAUAUUUUUUUUAACAGACUUUGCGAAGUUUAGAACCAUGUACCAAAAAGAAGAGUGUGGGAAAAAAUAAAUUUUACAAAACAGUAUGCAAAUCUUAAGGCCUCACACUUUUUUUAAAUUGCUUAAAGGACAACUGUAACCACAAAAAAAACUAUUGCAAUAGAUGCUUAAUGGGAUUUUUUUUGGGGGAGGGGGGGGGCCAGGGGGGGUUUAAGCAUAUGUAAACUUUUAAAUAAAUACCUUGCUUACCUCACACCUAACUGUAUAUUAGCUAACGGUUUAAAGAAGUGGACUUGAAAAGUGAAGUUAUUGAGUUCAGUUACAACAUGAUUCAGAAAUUGUGGCGUUAUAGCACAGUGAAUAGAUGUCAGCAGUCAGUAUGCUAUGGUAAUUACUCUGCAAUUCCUGAACAAUAUUGGAAUUCUAAUCACAAACUUUUUAGCUCCAUUUUUUUUAACUUCCUAAGCUAAUAUACAAUUAAUUAUGAAGCAGUGAGAGGUAAGAAAAUGUAAAAAUGUACAUAUACUGUGCAGUUAUAUUUUGGUGACUGGUGUCCUUAACGCAGUAUAAUUGAAAGGCCUCAAUUUGCAUACUGUUUUUUUUCUUGGUACACAGUUCUAAGUUGUUGCAAAGUCUCUUAAAAGGCUUUGUAACAGGUUAGAAUGUAUGGGUAUUAACAAAAAUAAAUAAGUACCCAGUUUAUGCCUGAAGAUACUCUCAAAACCAACUGGUACACCUGGGAGAUUAACUAAAAUGAACCUAGUGGCAGCCAUACUGAAAAGCCCUCACAGACCUACACCUCCUAUGACACUUUGCCAACCUUAAGCUAUCUGGAGAUCUAUCCUUGAUUGCCCCAGACCUAGCCCAUCCAGACAUGCUAGAAAAUGUUUUUAGAGCACACCUCAGAAAGCAAUUGUGCAGAACACCAUUGUGGAGAUCCCUACAUACAUUUUACAACCAGUACAAAUUGAACAUGAUCUCUUUCUGGGAUCCAAGGUUUGGCAAGAUAAUCUUUCAGUCCAUUAUUAAAAUGCAACACAUGCAAGUGACAGUUUAAGCAUUUAUCUUUGGUGUUAUAUUUUCCUUAUUUUACUACAGUCUUAUAUGGUCUCCCAACACUGCUUAAUACAAUUGAUUAUUUUUGUAUCAACUGAAUGCUUGACUUUAUAUUCAAUUUCUCAUUGUGUCCGUUCGUACAGGGGACAGUUUGUGCCAAAUACUGAAGUGACAGAGGGGGUACUGCUCUUUUAAAGGAACCUUCCGGGCACCAUAAUCACUACAGUUUGCUGUAGCUGUUUGAUUGCAAAGUAGCACUUCCUACAUUGUAAGGCAGGCUACCCCAAACUCCAACUCCCAUGAUUCUCAGCCUGUUUAAUUCAUAGAAUCAUGGGAGUUGUAGUUCAGCAACAUCUGGAGGGCCGGAGUUUGGGGAAGCCUGUUGUAAGGUGUUAAACCAUUUUUGAGCAGCAUGACUUCUUACCUGGAGUGCACUGAGUAGUGUUGCCUACCUCCACUACAAACUCCAGAGAGCCAGAAGUUCUUCAGUGGGGACUUCCAUUAGCUAAGCCCAUGCUCUCAGCCAAUAAGCCCUGCAUUGUAGUGGAGGGGCAAAAAAAGUUUGACGCCAUGUUGGGGGCGCGCAGUGGGCUGUAGUGGUUAUGGUUUUUGUUCUUUCACUUAAAAUGAUUACGUUUUCAGAAUGGACAAAUUGAAAAGAUUGCUGAUACAUUGCAGUGUCUAUUAACUUGCACGACACAAUUUAUUAUGAAUAAUACUAGAUCUAUGCCCGGAAUGGUGGUUAGUUUUGAUAAUAUACAAAGUACUCUGCCAAUAUACAGAACAAUCACCAUUAUAGUCAUACAUACCUCAUUCAGUCUAGACUUUAAGACCCAUCAAAAUGCUGCGUUUAAGCAUAUCCAUGUGUAUGAAUAUUACAGACUGUAUUUUUUUGUCUACUCGGCCAAAGAUGCAUUUUGCCACUGCCACCUCCUCUUCGCCCUCUAAUUGUGCAGCUCUCAUUCGGAUAUCAUAAGCAUGCUAACUAGCACCAAGAUAUCUGUGUGAGAGCCGCACAGUCAUGAUUCCGACAAUCACAAUGUUGCAUUUACUUUUAAUACACCUGCAGGCGUAGAAUUUAAGGGCCCACUACACGCUCAAAAAAAAAAAAAAAAAAAAUGUACACUAUUUUAUUUACUUAUUUUAUAUGGUUCCAGCAAGCCUACCUACAGUUGUUUGGGAAUGCUGGAGUGGAUCACCUCCCUGGUGAUUAGUGGGUGCUGCAGUGAUUUCUGGGAAUUCUCUACCCAGCUCCCUGUGUGUGCCUAGUACUGAUAUAAGAGCUGCAGAGAUGUCACAUUCCAGCAUUACUGCAGGACACAAGAGGGAGGUGUGCAACCAGAGCACACGGUGAUCCCAGCUCCCACACCACCCACAGGUUGUAGUGGUUAUGACACUGGAAAUGUAUUUUUAAGGGAAAAUUUAUUUUCCACCUUAUUUUACAGCAUUACCCGAAUGCUCCCUUUACAAUAAAAUAUAC